UGGCUGAAUUGCAUACCCAAAAAAGAAAGGAAUUCAAAGUAUAGUAGGAGUAAAAGUAUUGUUUAUGAUAAAUUAGGCCAAACACAAAACAAGUGAGCAAAUGGGGAUGAAAGCACUCUUACUCGCGAGCUUUGUGCUAAGCCUUGCCAUUACUGUUGCGAAUGCUAAGGUUGGACUUGCUGUCUAUCAUACUCAUAAUACUCCCUCGGCUUGCUACGGGAACGAAGACAAAGGAUCAUAUAUAACAGGGGUGAGUAAAGACUUGUGGAACAACAGAGGAGCAUGUGGGAGAUUUUACAAGGUUACAUGCAUUGGAGGAGCAAAUAAAGCUCCUCACCCAUGCAAAUCACAAAGUGUUACUGUCAGAGUUACCGACCUUUGUGAUAGUUGUGCUGGUGAUCUUAACCUUUCACAAGAGGCUUUCAAUGUUAUUGCUGACACUAGAGCUGGCAAAGUUCGUGUUCGAUAUGACCCAGCAUAAGUACACGUCCGUUGUUGAAAGGAUAAAGAUGAUUGGAGUCUGGAGACAAGGAUAGUAAAAUAUACAGAUGUUGUCAUGGGUUCAGGGCCCUAGAAAAAGAAGUGUUAUGAUUUAAUUUUAUUGUUCUACAAUAUUGUACUAGGCAAUAAUGAAUUAAGCAGUUUUCUGCUUCUAUGGAUGGGAAUAAGUAGCUAAUUAAGAUGUUUGUUUUCUUGAUAAGAAGUAAUUAAUUAAGGUGUUAUAAGAAAACGAAAUGCAUAACUUCAAUCAAGUAGCAUGGUAUAUAUGCUACUAUUUCCAUA